AUGAAAAGCAGCACCUGGAUUGAUAGAACUAAGGAGCUUCUGCAUGUCAUAGCAGACCCUUUUUUACAAGAUCAUAACAAGACAUGUUUGGACGAAAAUACCGACCCCGAGUACUUUCUAAAAGAGUCUGAGAACAAGCUUGAUGCGUUUAUCAAAACCACUAUAGUAAAAUCAAUGGAUUCGUCUAUAUUCCUACCACCUGCAAUUAGAGAACGUCGAAAAAGGAAACCAGAAGAGGAUUUACAAAAUGAAUUGAAAGCAAAGCUUCGUCGCAGCGUGCAAUCCUUGCGUGAAGCUAAAAAGGAGCCAAUAGUGCCUUCUUUAAAAACUCAAGAUCAAAUUGACGAGGAGGAGAUGGCGGAAUUCUUAUCAUCAAACAUAGACCAGUUGGAAAUUAUGUCCAUGCCAGAACACUAUCCUUCUAAAACGCAAUCUGUAUGCUCAUUGACCGAGCUUUAUUAUUUGACUCAAACUCUAGCUUCCAACAAAUUACUUCCAGGGAGCCAUAAAGCAUUAAUGACAGAAAAUUACGAGUUGGCGCUUUUGGAGGGCAAAGUGGCAGUGUUGUAUUCUCGCAUUGAGGAAUUGAAAAGGCAAGGAAAAUGGUCUUCAAGGCAACCCAAAAGAUACAGUGAUCCAUUUGUUGCUAGAAAAGGCAAAUCAGGUAAAUCUCAACUGACAUGGGACUAUUUAUUAGAAGAGGCCAAGUGGAUGGCUGAGGAUUUUCGCGAGGGGAGCAAGUUCAAGAAGUAUUGUUGUGUAAUUAUUGCUCAAGCAGUACAAGAUUUCUGGCAGCUUGGGAAAGAAACGACUUGCGUAAAAAGAAAGCCCAUACCGCUCGAAGCAGAGAUAAUCGAGAGUGCAGCAGACGGGGCUGGUAUUACCGAUGCACAGUCAAUCGAUGUUGUGAGUACGUCUGUGGAACCGCUGUUGAUCACUGGAGACAAAGUGGACUCUUUUGAUGAUACCUCCAAGAAGACGGCAUCUGAUGUGUUUUCGUCUGUUUUCGUUAAAAACAAUUCCACCGCAUAUGUCGAUCUCGAGGACUUGAAUAAGCACGCAAGAUCCAUUGUCAAGUCUAUACCAAAUCACACUGUACUUGACGUUAACAAUAAGGGAAAAUCUAGAGAAUUAGAGCCGCACGACCCACCUUUAACAGCAGUAUCGAAACUAUUUUUGCCUUUUGAAAAAGAUCAGGGUUGGCACAAGCUUGUUUUGAGAAAAAGUGCAGCUGAGAGAUUGGAACUGCGUAAUCCACCUGAAUACCAAAAGGGUGUUUUUGGAACUCAAGCGCAUCGCAAGUUCCAUUAUCUCAAGCCUCCAAAGCCACCAUUGUUGGCAAAUAUAGAGCUUAGGUCUCCAACGAUUUGGCUGCCCGAAGAUGACAAAAAGCUCAUACAUUACGUUGCCGAAUUCUGUUUCAAUUGGGACCUUAUUGCGGAGCAUGUUCAAGCAGCUUCUUUUGCACCUAGCUUAAGAAAGUACGAAUCCAAUAUCGAACGAAGAACACCAUGGCAAUGUUUUGAGAGAUAUAUUCAGCUUAAUCAAAAGUUUCAGUUCUCGGAUAUGAAGGGCAGUUAUGCGUUCCAUGCUCAGCAAUGGCUUGAACAAGCACACAAGACCCAGCUGACAACUAAGAGACGGGUGUCUCCUCUUGGAGUUGCGUCUGAUUCCAUGCAACGAGGUCAUCGGAAGUUACGGUGGGCAUCUAUGUUUGAUGCUAUGCGUAAAGCUAUGAAAAAGAGAGAGAUUGCUCUUGCCAAGAUGAAUCAUCGCAGGAGUGCCACAGAUGUGCAGCAAGGUAAUCAACAAGGUGCAGUACUGAAUGGUGAUAAACGCCCCAAUCCUAGCAAAACACCAACACCAACAGAGUUGUCCAAGUUGAAGUAUGAAAGAGAUAAGUCGAUACAACAAAACUCGAGAGCCCGGCUUAUGGCAGCAGUUGCUCAACAGCAGCAGCAACAGCGUCCACAGCACAUCCCACAGCACAUCCCACAGCAACAACAGCAGCAGCAGCAGCAGCAGCAGCAACAACAACCAAAUAUACCCCAACAACCACAAACACCUCAUCAGUCCCAACAACAAUUACCCCAACAACAAUUAUCUCAGCAACAACAAAUUCUCCUUCAACAGCAAAUUUCACAACAAAACCAACAGCUGCUGCAGUUUACUCCACAACAGCAGCAUCCUCAAAUUCAUCCAAUGCAACAAAGCAACAUGUCACUGCAAGGUCAGGCCAAUCAUCAUCAGAUUCAGCAAUUGCAACAGCAGCAACAACAACACAUUCAGCAAUUGCAACGACAACAGCUACAGCAGCAGCAGCAACAGCGGCAGCAACAGCGACAAUCACUUACCCAACAGCAGACUGCUGUCCAGCAACAGUACACACCACAUCUGCAGCUGCACCUGCCCAAUCUACAGCAACAACAACUAUUGCAGCAACGCCCUCAACUGCAACCACAACAACUUCAUGUGCAAAACCUGCAACAACAAGUUCAAAGCCGUUUCCAGAACCAACCACAAUAUGUUCAAGCAAACUCUCCCGAGUUUCUGUCAUCUGCCCCAACACCUCGACCAGAGCAAAUUUUGCAAAGAGCUCAACGUGCUGCUUUGAAUGGUUUGUCGUCGCAAACUCAAGCAACGGUAAGGGAUUCUCAAUACCCUAAGAGCCAGGUUAAGAUUCCUACGACUAAGGACGGGAAACCUUUGACAAAUGAGCAAAUACAUCAAUUAUUGCAAAUGGAGAAGCAAAGACGGCUUUUGCAGCAGCAGCAACAACAACAGCAGCAGCAGCAGCAACAACAGCAAUUGCAGAAUGUGGAUUUCCUGUUAUCUCCGAGUAUGGGAAUCGCCUCGCUACCACAAGCUCCGAUCUCGCCGCAGGUUAAUCAGCAACAACUGCCAGCCAUUUUAAAUAAUGCCCAAUUGCCGAUUGCAUCUCCCAGUAUGCAAUUUCUGCCGGUCAAGGCUGAUGGCCAACAAAAGCGUGCAGUUUAUUAUCAAGGACAACCGCAACAACAGCAACAGCAACAGGCACCCCCUGUGCAAUCCACUCUGCCUAAUAUUCAGCAAAGACCUGUGCAACAGCAAGUGCGCCAACUGCGUCCCAGGCUUCAAUUUCCGCCUGCUCAGAUCUCUGCAAUCAUCAACUCCAUACAGACACAGAACCCUACGUAUACAAAAGAGCAGGUAACAAAGUUGGCAGCCCAGUAUUUGAAUACUCUUCAGCAGCAAGCCCAUAAUAGAGCUAACAAGAAUGCACAAGUACAAGCGAAUAAUGGAAUGUCGCUGCAACAGGCUCAGCAAUUAAGAGAUGGUGGCUCUUUAGGAAGCAGCAGGGCCAGUAAUACCUCUAGCCCUCAAUUAAAUCAAGCUAAUCCUAAGAGUCAAGGUUAA